UUGGAUGACAGAUGGGCUGCUGAAAAUAUUUUGAUUUUUCCUAAUUAAAAAGCAACUCAAGAUGACUUGAAUGUGAGAAAGAACUUCAGAGGGUGACAAAACACUGAAACAAGCUGUGCAGUCUCCUCCUUUGGAGAUACUCAUAACCUGUCUAGGGAACCUGCUGUAGCAGGGGUGGACUAGAUGAUCCCCAGAGCUCCCUCUGAAACCCUAGGAUUGUGUUAUUCUGGCUUCCUCUAUAAGUAAGGUGUUCUUCAAAAGAGUCUACUGAGACUUGCAUUUUUAAAAAGAAAAUAAAUACAGUGUUAAGAGCGAAACAAAAAAGUUUCCACAACAUUUUGCCAGUGAUCAGGCUCAUUAGUACAUUGUUAAGUACAUAGACUGAAGCUAAACUUCAAAUACAGACUAGUGUGUUGAAUAAACAGAAGACUGCAGACAAAUUGUUCAAAACAACUUACAAUAACAAAAUACAUAUAUUUUGCAUUGAAGAUAGUGUGUUGGAAGACAGUAGCAUACCAUACCGAUGCUAUUAGACUUUAAGAAGAGGAUCACCAAUUUUUAGCAAAUGGUUUCGUUUUGAAAGAUAGAAUCUGUGGCUCCUCCACCAGACCUGCUGCCUGCUAAAGUAAGAAGUUAGUACCCUGGUAGGUGAUAAAUUACUGCAAGCUAUGAAUAAACUUCAGAGGUGAAAAACAGUUCAGUUCUCCUUGUGAACAGUGGCAUUUCUUGAGCUUGUAGUUUGAAUCAUCGGUUUAAAACAUUGCUUCCAAAUGAUUUCCUGCAAGUGUCGGUUUGCAGCUUUGCAAAGCAGCAGGCUGGCAUCCUGCCUGCAAGUGAAGCAAGUUGUUGCUCCCUGUUCUGCUAAGGUCAGAAUUAUGUUGAUGUAUUUAUUCUCUUCCUUUUUCCAGAAUGUCAAACACUUAAAUCCAACAGACUGAGUUAAAGAAAGAUUAAGACUCAAUUCUGUUCUCUUCCAGCUGUUGCAUCCACCUUAAGCAGUCACACCAAAUCUGGAGACUGGGUUACCAGACCAAAUGCAACCCAAAUCUUCAGAAUAGAUGAUGCAGCACAGCUCCCUGUAAUGCUAAGAGAGCACACAGUACUGGUGAUGGGACUGAUCAGUCCUGUGUUUCCAGUACUGAAGAAACAUGGCACCCAUACAGCUCUGCAGAGCUGGCUGGAACCUCGUACAGCUCAUCUUCGUGGAUCUCUACACAGGUACUUAAGAUUAAUAUAGACGACAGUAAAGUGAUGGAAUCCCUUCUGUAACAAUUGUAAUGAGGAUAACUGUGUUUAUAAGCCCAUUCUGUGUCCUAUCCAUUGGUCUAUGUAGUUUCUUCAGUGACAUGUUCUAAACUGUGACUGUGGGAAGUUUAUGGACUGGGGGAAGACAUUCUGCCUACUUGGAAGGAAUACAGGAGUGCUGUACUAGGACUUCCUGAAACAAGGAAGGCUUUAGCCCACAUGGAAUCAAAUCUGCUAAGGGAGGUUGAAAUAAAGACUAGGGAGAAGGUGGGUCUGCACUGAAUGAGGUGAGUGCCCUGGUAAUGCAGGAUUCCAAGAAGGUGGAGCUACUGAAUGCCUUUUUUCUUCAAUGUUUACUGCUAAGACUGCACCUCAGGAAUCCCAGACUCCGGAGAUAAGAGAGAGAGUGUGAGGAAGAGAAGAAUUCCCCUUGGUGGAAGAAGAUCAGAGAUUAUCUAGGCAAACUGUAUGCACACAAAUCCAUGGGCCCUGACAGGAUGCACCCAUGCAUACUGAUGGAGCAAGCAAAAGUGAUGGAGUGGUUCCACUCUCUAUCAUCUCUGAAAGUCAUGGGGAACAGGAGAGGUGCUUGAGGACUGGAAGAAUGCCUGUCACUCCAGUCCUCUAAACGGGCAGGAAGAAGGACCUGGGAAACUACAGGCCAGUCAGCCUCACCUUCAUUCCUGGGAAGGUGAUGGAACAACUUAUUUUGGAUGCUAUCUCCAAGCAAGUGGAAGAAAAGAGAAUUAUCAGGAGCAGUCAUUAUGUAUUCACCAGAAGGAAAUCAUACUUGACCAAUCUGGUGGUUUGCUAGAACAUCAUGAAAAGGAGUUCUGUGGAGCACCUAGUUGUCCUGGUGGACACAGGUUGACCAUGAGUGAUCAGUUUGCUCUGGUAGCCAAGAUGGUCAGUGAUAUCUUAAAAGGAACGUGGCCAGCAAAUUGAGGGAGCCCAUUCUAUGCCCUAUCCACUGAUCUAUGUUGCCUCUUCAGCGACUUGUUCUGAGGCCACAUCGGGAGUACUGUGUCUGUUCCUGGGCUUGUCCAUUCAAGACAGGGAGCUACUGAAGAGAGUCCAGCAAAGGGCUACAAAUUUCCUCUUCUGAGGAAAUACUGAGAGACCUGCGUCUGUUCAACAUCUGACUGUCUCCCACGGCAUUCUUCUGGAGAAGCUGGCAGCUCAUGUGUACUGUUCACUGGUGACAAACUGGCUGCAUGGUCGAGCCCAGAGAGUGGUGGUGAAUUAAGUUAAAUCCAGCUGGCAACUGUCACUAGUGGUUCUCCUCUGGGGUUAUUUCUAGGGCCAGUCCUGUUUGGUAUCUUCAUUGGCAAUCCGGACAAUGUCAAGCUGCAACCUGAAUCAGCACCCAGUAAGAUGGUUUAGUGGGAGUGGUGGUUAUGGGUUGAUGGUUGGACUAGAUGAUCUUCGGGCUUUUUUUCCAACUGUAAUGAUUACUUGAUUCUAAGACUCUGGAGAAGACUGAGAGUGGAUCUUAGCAACACACACAAAUAUCUGAAGGGAGGGUUUCAAGAGGAUGGGACCAGGAUUUUUUUAGAGACAGAACCAGGGGCAACAGGCAUUAAAUGGAGCACAGAAAGUUCCACACAAACAUGAGGAAAAUUGUGACUGUGACAGCUUGUGCUGUGUAUUCUCAAAUAAUCUGCCCAUAUUUGGAUUGUUUUUCGAGAAUAACUUGGUCUUCGGCGGAUUAUGUACUUCAUUCAGACUGUCUGGUAAUCUGUGGACAUCGUGAUACAUUUUUCAUAGAAUUCUUGUUUUCUUCAGAUGCAGAUCAACAUUCUGUUAGAGGACUGAGGAAUGGGAGAGCUCCGAUACAAUCCCGCUCAGCGGGACACAGACUUCCCCGGGUCCGUGGAAAUUCCAAUCACAUAAAUAGGGAAAUAAAAUAUAUCCAAAGCACUUUUGUAAUUCCUUGCUACCAGAGCAAGCUUGUAAGUGGCUACACGUUAAGACUUUGGGAGCAAGGAAUUAGGAAGGUGCUUUAGCUGUGCAUUACUUCGCCACUUUACGUUCGUCCGCCCCGGCGGGAAGCGGGCACUGCAAACGCGCCGCAGGCAGCGCCCGACCCGCCCGAGGGCGGCGGCGCCGCGAGCUCGAGGGGGGAGCAUGCGCGGCUCCCUCCCGCCUCGCGCCGGCGGUGCCCGGGCACAGCGUUUCCACGCACUGCGUUCCAGACUCGGGCGGAGCUGCCGCAACAGGAAGCGGCAAUCGGAGAGUCCCGGCGCGCGGGCGCGUGGGGCGGGGUGGGGCCGCGUUCUUCUUGCCGGACUCUAACGGCCGAGCGGCCCGGAGGGGUGCGAGGGUUUUAAUGCCUUUAUUUUAUGGAAAAGAGGGAACUUUGAAGCGUCUCAACUUAAAACAUUUAUUGUUGAAGAUGAUCUUAAUUCCACGGAGCUCAUAGACUUAAAAAGCCACAUGACUGACAUAAUGAAUUUGUCUUCUCCAGUCAGCCAUGUUGACCAUGAAGCUAAACACUUAUGUAGUGCCAAGAGUGGGUCACAGUCAGUACGGAAUAGCAGUGCAUCAGAGUUGGACAUUGCUGAAGAUCUGAAAAGGAAACUCUGUCAAGCCAAGGAAGAAAAAGUAGACAUCAUCAUUAAACACAAUCAAGAACUGCGUGACUAUGAAAUCCAGAUUGUCAAAUUACGGUCUGAAUUUGAGAAAGGAGAGGCAAUUCGACAAAGUCUGGAGUAUGCAUUGGCAAUUGCCAAAAAAGAUGCUCGUUUGAGAAUAUGUACUGUAGAAGAAGAGUUAAAUGAUGCAAGAAACAAGCUUGCAGAGCUGCAAGCGUUCAAUGAAAAGCUUCAGCAGAGACUGGUAGAGACUGAGAAAACAUUUCAUAUUGCUCAACAGAAGUGGAAAGAACAACAACAAAGACUUGCGAGUGAAAAGGAUGAUAUUCUCAGAACACACAAGGAUGAAUAUGAAUUGCUUCUUAAGGAAAGAAGUGAACUAGAAAGCGUUUUACAGAAGCAGAAUAGCGUACUGCAAAACUUAAGUAAGAAGAUGAAAGAUAUGGAGCUGGAACAUCGUGACUGUUCUGAAAUGCUUACUCGUCAUGUACACAAGCUUGAACACAGUGCUGAACAAGAGGAGCAGCUUAAAAAAGAACUUGAAGCAGCAACAGGCAGAAUAAAGCAGUUGGAAGAAAGCAUUGAAGCAGAAAGAGCAGCACAUUUGAAAUCCAAAUUCAAUUUGGAAAUCACACAGAUGAGAAUUCGAGAACUUGAAGGAGCUUUGCAAAUGGAAAAAGUCAGCCAAGCAGAAGCUCUUUCAGACUUAGAGAUGAUCAGGAAGGAAUUCAAAGAGGUAGAAAAUGCAUAUGAGAGAGAAAAACAGAAAGCCCAAGAGAACUUGGAAAAAGUCAGUAGAUUAGAAAGAGAGUAUAUCUCCACAAACAAGCAAAUGAAUGAGAAGAUUGAGGAAAAGAAGGAGGUGAUUAAAGAUCUGUUGGAGAGACUACGGGAAAAUGAAAAAACUCACAGAGAAUUACAAGAUAAACUUGCAAUGGCCAAGAAACACCAGGUCUUUGUAACAGAGACAUACGAAAACAACAUGAUGGAGCUGAAGUUACUCUUGGACAGCUUUGCUAUGUCAGGCCAGCGGACAGCAGGCACUUAUAAGGACAAAGAUAAACCUUCAAGCCUCUCUGUCCUUGAGACUUUGAGGUGUACCUUGACAGCUUACCAGAACAAGCUGGAAGACACAUCUAAUGAGCUUAAGAAAACGAACACUUUGUGUGAAAACACAACAAAAGAGCUUGAGAUAUGCAAAGACAAAAUGUAUGUUUUAAGUCAAGACCUUCAGGAAGCACGGGAUAAGCUGGCCGAUGCCAAUAAAGAGUUAAAUCAUCUGCAUACUGAUUGUGCAGACAGAACGGCUUUAAUAGGAACUUUACAAAUGGAACUACAGAAUGUGCAGCAGUGCUGGGAGGAGGAGAAAGUACGUGCCGCAGAAUCUGAAAAUGAAAUCCAGAAGCUUACCAGGGCUUACCAGAAGGAUAUGGAGGAGAAGCUAACCUUCCUUCAUGGCUUGUACCAGCAUUUGGUAGCUGGCUGUGUGCUUAUAAAACAACCAGAAGGCAUCCUAGAUAGAUUCUCUUGGUCGGAGCUUUGUGCAGUCUUGCAGGAGAAUGUUGAUGCCCUGAUCUUAGACCUCAACAGGGCUAAUGAGAAGAUAUCUCACCUAGAAUAUAUUUGUAAGAACAAGACUGAUACUAUGAAGGAGCUUCAGCGGAGUCAGGAAGAUGAUAUUAGCAAAAUGGCUGAACAGAUGAAAGCACAAGAAAGCUGUUGGCAGAAACAAAAAAAGUGCCUGGAACAGCAGUACUCAGAUCUCCUUGGGGAAGUUCAUGCAAGGGCACAGGAAUACCAAGAAACAGCAGAAAAAAGCAAAGAAAAAAUCUGUGUCCUUGAAAAAAGACGGGAACAAUUGGCCCUUGAACAUCUCUAUGUGAAAAAUACAUUAACACAGAUUCAGAAGGAGCAUUCAUCUCUCCUGGCAGCAUGUGCACUACUGGCAGGUGCCCUGUAUCCUCUCUAUGGCCGAUCAUGUGCGAUGUCUAUACAAAGAGACCUUCUUCAGGAUCAGGUCAACGUUUAUGAAUUAGUCAACCAGGAAAUUAGGACUCUAGUUCAUGUUCUCUCUGGUGUAGACAGGGAGAAGGAAGAUGAUGCAAAAAUUAAGAAACAAAAAUUCAGAGGCCUAAUACGUGUGUUCCGAAGAGGUGUGAUUGCAGUUUUGGCAGCCAACAGACUUAAAGUUCUAUCCCAGUCUUCUAGUUCUCUCUUCUCAUUGAUAAAUGGCUUCAAAGAAGGCACUGGAAUUCUAGUGUGUGUAGGGGACUCCAAAGGCAAACAUAAUAUGUCAAGACACAAUAAGGAAGGAAUUCGUUGUGUUGAAGCACUCAACUGGUUUACUAGUUCUGAUCUCCUGACUGCAAUAAUCAGUUCGGUCACAGAAUUACAGGAUGUUAUUAGCAGAACAGUGGAGAACCAGCAGAAGAAAAAGGGAGGAGCCUUGGCAAAAGGAAGCACAGCAUUGCAAUACCAGUUUCUUCUGGAUCCAAAGUCUUGUCUUUCUGGACGCUUACUUGUAAGUGCCGCCAGGAACUCCUUUUCAAAACUUAUGGACAAACUUAACAUAAUAAUGGAGGCUGUUCCAUUAGAUAGCAGCAGGAGUGUUACUUACGUGGAGAAAAACUCCUUGAUACAGAGGCUGGCUCAUGGACUUCAUAAAAUAAAUGCACGAGCUCUGGAAGCUGGAUCGUGUGACAGAUGGCCCAUUAUGAAAAGCAUAGCAUCCUUGCAGAAGCAAAUAUUUGAAUUGACACAAAGACUUCAUACAGUAGAGGUGGAACGCCGCUCGCUACGCCUAGAACUUGCAGAAUUCAAGUUGAAUUUCAGUAAGAUGAAACAGGAGGCAGACAAAGCCCAGAGCCUGAAAGAGCAAUUAAGUUUGUUUAAGCAAUCUAAAUUGAUCGCUCACAAGAGGUUUGAAAGUGCAUGUGAAGAAUUAAAUAAUGCAUUACAUUGGGAGCAUCAAGCACAAGUGCUGUUGAAUGAACAGGCACAACAGCUACAGGAGUUAAAUAAUAAACUAGAAUUGCACUCCAGUGAAGAAGCAGAUAAAAACCAAGUCUUAAGUGAAACUGUAAAGAGACUCUCCGAGGCAAAGAUGGAGCUGAGAAGAAAAGAUCAAUCUCUGCGUCAGCUCAAUAGACUUCUUACGCAGCUGGAGCAGGACAAGCGUCGACUGAAAGAGAGCAUCCAUGAUGCAGAGAGUGCCCUCUGCAUGGCAGCAAAGGACAGAGAAUUGUUCAUUAAUCAAAUGAAAUCUGUGGAAACCACUCUUCAUACGGUCAGAGAUCAGACCUUGCUGUCAUGGACUGCGGCAACCAGGAAUGACUUCACCCUGCAGCUACCCAAACUGCACCUAGAGACCUUUGCAGUAGAAGGGCUGAAGGGCAGGCCAGAGGUUGUAGCAUUUCAGGCCAUGAUUAAAAGUUUUAUGGAUGUCUACCAACUUGCAAGUUCCAGAAUUGACAUAUUAGUGAAAGAAACAGCACCUCAUCAGCUUCACACUGCAGCCCCAAUGUCCAAGCACCAAACAGCUUGCCUUCGUGAAAGUGAGAUCUUACAAUUGGAAUCAAGAGGGAGUUCAAACAUCACCAUGACUUCAAGCUAGGAAUUCAGCCUGACCAGCGUUGAAUCCCAGAUUUUUUGGCAUUGCAAGCUGAUCUUGACACAUCCUACAACAGUUUUAUGCACAAUAGAGCCAAUUCUCAGUCUUCAGUCUAUUCCUUCACCCUGAAUGUCACAUCCAGUCCCAGAAGAACAAUGGAAAAUGGAUUUUGUAUCAAUAAUCUUCGAGAAGGAAAAAAAAUUGCAUUAAUGUAAAAUGAUGCAAUUAAAGUGCAAUUUUGUUGCUACCUUUGGAUUGUAGUUCAGCGUCUGUAUUUUUUGACAUUAAUUUUAUGGUUUUAUGAAAAUGUGCAUUUAUAUGUUCACAUUUCUAUGCUCCUAGUUCUUUGCAUACCAAAACAGCUAUUUUUUUAACUUUUAUUUAUUGUGGUUGCUCUUUUUUAUGUAAUAUAUUUUUAAAUGUUAAAGAAUGACACAUUUUGGGUAAUUUUCCUCAGUCUUAAAAAAAAAAUCAAUAAGCCAUUUUAGUCUCUAUCUAUCAAAGUUGUUUCAUACUUGUCUAUUUUAAAGCAGGACUGCAAUACUUUAAUAGGAUUGAGAGAGCUAUUUGAAAUGUAUGCCAAUGAUUCCUGUCAUUUCAUGGCAGCCCUGCCAUGGUUCACUGAGCCCCCUCUUUUCUCUUGUCAGCUCAACUGAAGACAAGCAUUUAGUUGCAAACUUUAAGCAGGUUGUGCAAAACAGAAAUGAUGUGACUGCUUCUCUUCCUGCACAAUAAUGUCACUGCUGGUCAAUGUGAGAAGGUCAGGUUGCUCCUUGUAAAGCUACAUGAUACCACUUGCCUAUUUGAACAAGUUAAGUUAACUGCUGAAUCUGGUCCCUGCAGGCAUUGAAAACUCACCCUUUUAUCAAGUCUGCAUUUCAUAAGAAAGAAGAACAAUUGUGCAGGGAGGAUUUCUGAUGAUAUGUUUAUGUACUUUAUAAGGACAGUUCCCAAACCAAUGUUGCAGGUAAUAUAUUUAGUUUAAGCCGAAAGACUUUAAAGUAAUGGCUGUUUUGACCUUCAAAUAGACUCCUUUUUUGUUGUUGUUGGUAGGACCCAAGAGUGACGCCCAUCUUUGAUGCUGACAGAAUUUAAAGCAAGGCCAUUGCCCUGCAUUUUCUGCCUUGUAGCACACAAAAGUAAAAUUGUAUGUCAGGCCGAGAUGUCGGGGAGCUGACAAGAUGCCCCAGUGACAUUUCAGCUGGAAAGAGCAAGUGUCUUGCAACCAAGUGGUCAAAUAUCAAAUAAUAGGUCAAGCAGGAAGGAGCUGAGUUCUAACCACAAAGAGGUUUCUGGUAACUUACUUGACAAGCUAUUGGGCGCUUUGUGGCUUGACAAAGUGAUGUUCUGUUGGGUAUCGCUAGACAGACUGUUCUUUAUCGCCUUCAGAAGAUCAGACAUUGACAUUGAUUAAACUCUUUAACCCUUAAAGGUUAAAUCCUAGCAGUUUCAUCAUUGUGAAUGAGGAACAAAAGAAAACUUGUAAUAUACCACUUGUUUCCAUAUUAAUCACUGAACUCCCCAAUGUUAUUAACUUUUGAUGUACUAUGUAGUUUUUGACAAAAAGAUUGAAUGCAAAAUCUAUAUAAUAGAUUGUUUCUUGUUAUGGACCAGUGAUACAUUAGAAAAAUAAUAUUAUGCAUUAUGGAAUUUGUAGUUUCUUCUAAUAUGUCAAAGACGGGAUUUGAUUUUAGAGCCCUGACUACUGAAAUUCCAUUUUUUCUGGAAAACAAUAUUUGUGUAGAUAAUAUACGACUUAUGAUGAUCAAAGUCUUCCAGAUGCCCUUGUUCUCAGGUACCAGGAAGGCUGAUAUAAAUCUCAAAUACCUGACAAAAGAACUUCAAUCAAAGACUUUCAAGUUUUCAGGUAGCCUCUUGUGCAAGUCCAUUGCUGACAGUCAUGAUGUGCAUGUGCACUAAUACACAGCCAUGCAAAAACAAAUAAUAAAUUCUCCAAAACUAAACUGUCACAAUAAAAGUUAUCUGAUACAGGAAGAACACUCCUUUUCUUUAUGCUGAUGAAUUUAGUCUUGAACACUGAAGACAGAGGUUUUGCUGGCUCUCCUGCUUUCCUGGCAGUGACCAAUCUUGGUAAAGGUGCUGCAAGUACUGUAUUCUUCCCUGAGGGAUAUAAUGUCAAGUAUCUGUUUGCACAAAGAAUUAAAUAAUAUAUUUCAUAAUACAUUGAGCAGUUAUUUUCAGUACUGCAUAUAGAAGUGUUUUGUGUGUUUCAUUUUUAAAAUAUAUCCUCAUGGUACUCUGUAGUUUCAGGAAGACAGUGCUAUAUUAUCUCAACUUACUGAAGAAAAUUUACUACAUAUUGUCCCUUCGCUGUCAUCGCCAAUACAUGUGAUAUUGUGUAUCUAGAUACAGAGAAGUGAUUUAUUUAUGAAAUCUGUUUUCCUUUCUGAAAUCCGUAUCUAGCUUUCACUAGGACUGAUCUCCUAUAGUUACUUCGCUUCUCCAAGCAUUAAGAUUGUAUAGAGGUCACAGCUAUGGCAAACUGGUUGUAGUUAACAGAAAUAAUCUAGCAAGCUAUGAUUUCUCACAUAAACUGAUAUGUAUGCUUUCAUUUAAAGGAGGGCCUAUUCAAUCUGUUAAAAUACUGACCAGCUGAAAGUUACAGACUUUUUCAUAAACUCAUGUGCUUUGAAGAGA